AUGGCGCCAGCACCAGCCCCCGAAAGCCACGUUCAAAAGUGUAACUGGAGCGAGCCCUGGGUAGCUCCCACUUCUAAAUCCGGCAAAUUCCCGUCACGCCGGCUUCCUCUCUUGCUGCCAAUCCUCGCGCCCCGGAAUCCCUGCCCUUGGCACAAAGGAAACCUCUCCGGCUGCCACGACGACUUAGCGCCUACCAGGGUCGAAGCCGAGUUCCAUAGAAAGCUAAGUGCUUCGACCGCAGACGUGGCCUCCAUAUUGACCGACCGCGCCUCUCGGACCAUGAGCACCUACACCUACACCUUCACCAGCCGGCCCCGGGUCCUGCCCUGCCAGCGCCGCCGUUACCGGGACAGCCUGGUGCAGCCAGCCGAACAGCCCAUGCCCUACGCGAACAUCAUGUACGACAGGAGGGUGAUCCGGGGCAACACCUACGCCGCCUACCAGGAGCCGCCCCGUGGGCAGAUCAGUGAUUUAGAUAUGCAGAAACAUCAUCGGACUCAGAGGAGGGCUCUUGCCAAAAAACGAGCCCAAGAACAGCUCAGGCCGUGGACGCCAGAACCCGUGGAAGGCAGGAAGCACGUGGACGUGCAGACAGAAUUAUACCUCGAAGAAAUUGCUGACCGCGUAAUAGAAGUUGAUAUGGAAUGCCAAACAGAUGCAUUUUUGGACAGACCACCAACACCACUUUUUGUUCCCGCCAAAACCGGCAGAGACGUGGCCACGGAAAUACUGGAAGGAGAGCUCUUCGACUUUGAUCUUGAAGUUAGGCCGAUGUUAGAAGUUCUGAUAGGAAAGACCAUUGAGCAGUCUCUUCUGGAAGUGAUGGAAGAGGAGGAGCUGGCCAACCUGCGGGUCAGCCAGAACGUGUAUGAAGAGUUACGCAACGUCGAACUUGCUGAAGUGCAGAGACUCGAAGAGCAAGAGAGGCGGCACCGACAGGAAAAAGAGCGCCGGAAGCAGCAGCAGUGGGAGGUGGUGCAGAAGCACAAGCAGACAGCGGAGAAGAUCGCCGCCCGCGCCUUCGCCCAGCGCUACCUGUCCGACCUGCUGCCCUCGGUCUUCGGCAGCCUCCGGGACGGCGGCUACUUUUUCGAUCCCAUCGAAAGAGAUGUUGAGCUAGGAUUCCUUCCAUGGCUAAUGAAAGAAGUUGACAAAACUGUGGAACACAGCAUUGUGGGAAGGACAGUGCUUGACAUGUUGAUCCGCGAAGUCGUCGAGAGGAGACUGACUAUGUACGAUCGUAAGGGCAACAAGCAUCAGUCUCUGAAACCCGAGAGCAGGCCCAGUGGUCCUGCAGCAAGGAGAAACCCACCGAUGGGCCAUGAGUUCCAGGACCAGAGGCCCCUUCCAAGCCCAGACUUUGUGCGGAGAACAGAGAGAGUGUCGUCCCAGGAAAGGAUGCUUAGGGAAGAAGACAACGAACCUGUGGAACUGAGGAACUCCUCCCGAGGGGAAGCCUGGGAGGCGUGAGGCCCGCCCAGAGCCCGUCAGCACUGCAAGCGAUCAGGUCAGGCCGAGCUGCUGCGGAUGGGGGGGGCGGGGCCUCGGGCUGCACCAAUCAGGUUGCGUUGCAUCAGCGUGGUUUUUGUCUAAUGGGCCAGGCCAGUAGAGAAAUA